AUGUUUCAAUCGGUAAUACUUACCGUUAACCGCAAUGGUCACCAACUGGUGCGCUACGGAGCCACAAGAUGUCUCGCAACGGCGGUGAAAGCUGCUCACGUAUCGAGCGAAAAAGAACCAAAGGCCAGCCAUUCAUUCAUGAUGAACGUUUUCAGUGGACAGCUGCAAACUUCACAGCUAUUUCCCUACCCCGAUGUUCUGAACGAGGAGCAAAAAGAGUACACACGGGCCAUUAUUGAUCCCGUGAAUCGGUUUUUCGAUGAAGUCAACAAUCGAAUCCGAAACGAUGAAACAUCGAACGUAAACGAAGAGACGAUGAACGCCAUUUGGGAGCUCGGCGUUAUGGGUUACGGAAUACCAGCUGAACUCGGCGGUUUGGGGCUUACGAACGUUCAAGCAGCUCGACUUGGUGACAUCUGUGGAGGAAAUGAUCUUGCUCUGACGAUCCAUAUGGGUGCUCACCAGUCGAUUGGAACCAAAGGAAUUCUUCUGUAUGGAACCGAAGCGCAGAAAGCAAAGUAUCUCCCACAGCUUAGUACAGGCCGUGUUAUUGGUGCGUUUGCAUUGACAGAACCCUCAGUUGGUUCUGAUGCAGCAUCAGUUAAAAGUAGAGCAGUUCUAAGUCCUUGUGGCAAAUACUACGUACUGAAUGGUUCUAAAACGUGGUGCUCUGGUGGAGGAAUCGCCGGUAUAUUUACAACGUUCGCCCAAACCGAGGUUACCGACCCGAAGACUGGUGAAAAGAAGGAUAAAAUGACUGCAUUUAUUGUGGAACGAGGAUUCAAAGGAGUCUCCACUGGGCCACCCGAGAAGAAAAUGGGACUUAAAUGUUCAGUAACGACGGAUGUUUAUUACGAUGAUGUUAAAGUACCGGUGGAAAAUGUGCUUGGAGAGGUUGGAAACGGGUUCAAAGUUGCUGUAAAUAUCUUGAACGCUGGAAGGUUUGGCUUGUGCGCCAUGUUAACGGGAACUAUGCGUACUUGUAUUGAAAAAGCAGCGGAACAUGUCGCGACACGCGUUCAAUUCAAACGGAAGCUGCACGAAUUCGAAAAUGUCCAGGAAAAAUUAGCCAAGAUGGCAAUGCAUCAUUACGUCGCACAAUCGCUGGCAUAUAUGGUAUCGGGUAACAUGGAUCGGGGAUCUACAGAGUUUCAUAUAGAAGCAGCAAUUACUAAGAUAUUCGGUACCGAAGCGGGAUGGUAUGUUUGCGAUGAAGCCAUACAGCUACUAGGAGGAAAUGGGUACAUGCAAGCGCCUGGAUUAGAACAGUUUCUGAGAGACAUGCGAGUCUUCAGGAUAUUCGAAGGUGCCAAUGAUGUGCUGAAAAUGUUCAUCGCUUUGACGGGCAUUCAGUUUGCCGGAACUCGUCUAAAAGGCCUUCAGCAAGCAAUGAAGAACCCAUUGGCCAACCUGGGAACUGUUUUUCAAGAGGGCUCUAAACGUUUACUGCGCACAGCGGGUUCCACUGAAAUAGAUAUUGGUCAGUUUGUUGCUGAUCCACUGAAGGAUUCUGCGAAACUGUGUGCACAGAGUAUUGAGAUCUUCAACCAAACAAUCGAAACGCUUCUGAUUAAACACGGGAAAGGAAUUGUUGAAAAGCAGUUUAUUUUAGCUCGUAUCGCUGACUCGGCCAUCGACAUCUACACAAUGGCGUGUGUACUAUCCCGAGCUACUCGUGCCGUCCAAAAGCAGCUCCCAUCGGCAGAACAUGAAUGUCUUAUGACCCAAGCUUGGUGCACGGAGGCCAGCUAUCGAGUGCAGCAGAACAUCGGACGCAUAAACUCUGACAAAUUCCAAGAUAACAACAGGAGGCUUUCUUUAAUUGCGAAAAACAUUGUUGAGCGCCAAGGACCAGCGCUCACCAACCCCCUGGAGAUUGACUGA